ACUCUAUCUGUGAAUUCUUAUUUUUUGCUCAGACGCUAACUUUAUACUGGGCUUCGUCCUGUUUAUCUUCUAGUCAUCAAGUGGCAUCUUUUGUAUCGUGUAUCGGAAACUCCUAUGAGAGACAAUAUAGCCUGAUGGCUGAUGGGCUCAGAACGGAUGGAGAUGCGGAAGCGACAGAUGCCCGCAGCCCAGGAGACGUCAGACUCCCUCCCGGGCCAGCGCGGAGCGGGGAGCCGAGGAUCCAACGCUUGUUGCUUCUGCUGGUGCUGCUGCUGUAGCUGUUCUUGUCUCACUGUUAGAAACCAAGAACAGAGACCCAGGAGGGCUUCCCAUGAACUCGGAAGAGACGACCCUCCAACCUGCGAAGAAAGCCCCACGCCCACCCUGGAAGAGGUCAGCGCCUGGGCCCAGUCCUUCGACAAGGUCAUGCUCACCCCGGCCGGAAGGAACGCUUUCCGGGAAUUCCUCCGGACAGAAUUCAGUGAAGAAAAUAUGCUUUUCUGGAUGGCCUGUGAGGAGCUGAAAAAGGAAGCGAACGAAAGCACUAUUGAGGAAAAGGCAAGGACGAUAUAUGAAGACUACAUUUCUAUUCUUUCUCCUAAGGAGGUCAGCUUAGACUCCCGAGUAAGAGAAGUCAUCAACAGGAACAUGGUGGAGCCAUCCCAACACAUAUUCGAUGACGCACAGCUUCAGAUUUACACCUUAAUGCACAGAGACUCAUAUCCCCGAUUCAUGAAUUCUGCUGUCUAUAAAGACUUGCUCCAGUCCUUAGCUGAGAAAUCAGUUGAAGGAUAGGAUGUUAUCAGCUGUAUUUAUU